AUGUUUUUUAAGGAAACGCCGUGCAAACGAUCUAAGGAUGGUACGGAGAUGAAUAUAACAACGACAACAUCAACAGUUGUCCCGGAGGGUACAAAACCAUCAGGAGCUCGUAUUUCGAUAAAACGUUCGAUGAAUCGGUCGAUGUCGGAGUCAAACGUUCUGAAGCCUAAUGAAGGGGUCUUAGCGGAAUUUGCAUCAAAUGCGCUUACACCACGAUAUGGUAUUGGAGCCAGUGCAUUUGACGUGUAA